CGCAGUCGCAGCGAGAUGGCGUGCGGCCGCCACGGCCGCUGCUGCGUCCCGCCCGAGGAGGCGGACGCGGGGGCGGAGGCGGGGGCGGGGCGCCUGCAGCCCUACGUGAUACGCGGCGGCCAGCGGGUGCGCUGCAGGUGCGGGAAGCGCGACGGCCUGCAGGAUGACAUCCCGCCGCCGCGGAAGAAGGAAGACGUUCUCAGGGCUCCUCCAAACGACAUCCAAAAGACGUUAUCCACGUGUCCAAACCCAGCUCGCCUCCCCGUAGAAAGCCCACCGCUGCUGCCCAUCGAAGACCCGCACCUCCCGGCCGUGGGGGGCCCACCCCUGCUUCCGGACGUGUGCCCGCUGUGCCGCAGCCAAACCUACAACCUGCCCAACCUGCUGAGCCUGCCAGUUGUGCGCGAGCCGGGCCUGGAAGUACCGCCUGGGGUGGAGCCCUCUGGCGACGUCCUCGGGCAGCUGCCAGCGGCGGGGCCGGGGCUGGGCGUGUUCUGCCCGUGGAGACAAGCCCCACCUCAGGCCGGGGCGGGGUGCCUUUGCCAGUGCGGCCGAUCGCUGGAUGACGCCGGGCGAGAAGUUCAAGGCCACGCCAGGCGCCUUCAGUGUUGCGGGGAAUCCGCGGCCAAAAUAGCGGAGCGGAUCGAGAAAUCUCUGCAGACCGCGACUGCCCUCGAUGCGAAGUCGAACGCGAAAGAGCAUCUGCGGAGGAGUCUGUCACGAGGUGAGGGGGCUGCAAGAGAGUCUGCAAAGCGGAGCGCGUCAGUUCCACAGCAGAUGAAUCUAACUCGGGACGGAUGCUUGAAAAUGAUUCAAGAGUCUAAACAAACACGUGCCACCCAUGACACGCCUGUGUAUGCUACAACUAUACAAAAUAUUCAAACCCCAUGGCCUGUGAUUAAACAGCACUCGACGAGUUUGCAUAAAGAAACUCAUGGGGAAGGGUCUCUGAAUCGCUCCUCACAUGCACUACAAACACAGAAUUCUUUGGAGCGAUCACAAGGAAGACAUUGUCGUGAUACACCAGCGUGUACUGGUGCCGGAGACAAAAGUACUUCUCCCGGACCGCAGUAUAAAUACAAUUGGUGGUGCGUGCCGCAACCUUUUGCUCGAUUUGCUUUACAACAUAAUGCAAAGGGUGAUCCAAGACGAAUUGAAACUGAACCUGAAACGCCGCGGCCGGUUUAUUCCGUUGUAUGUCCACAUCAUCCUCAUUGGCAUUCGACACCUGUAACGACAGAUGAUAGCAAUGACAUGGAGACAGAGGAUAGAAAAACUUCUAUUUCACCGAGCAGUAAUCAGGACGUUUACAGUGAGAGUGCGAAGCCGUUAACGGAAACGAAUAAUUGCACAUCAGUGAAUUUACAAGAGUCUAGUAGAAAUGAGGAAGAAAUUUCUAACGUAUCUAAAGGCAGAGGAAAACUCGAGACAACGAAAAAAUCUUCAUGUUGUCAACAGAGAGAAAUAGCCACCCAGACACUUGUCAGUUGCGUGAAAAUGCCGUUGUCAAGUGAAUGUAACGGAAAGACCAUUUUUGCAUCAAGGGAGACUUUGUACAGAAAGGUCGACGAUUCCCUUCAGCCCAUCAACAGGCCCAAAACAGAUUCAGGCACGCAGACAAUACUCACCAUUGCCCGUAUUACACCAAAUAGUGGUUUGGGAAUUUCACGUACAGCCUCCAAGGGAACUGUUUGUGGCUCGUUCGUCAGAACGAUCGGUCCUAGCAAUUCUGUGAAAUCAAUGUCCGGGUUGCAGUCAAUAUGCCCUAUCGUACAUGCAUUGAGUGGCGACAUAUGCCUGAAUCCAUCCAGUGAAAUGGCAAGAAAGUAA